CUACAAUCAAACAGGCUCAUAAUAUAGCCUUCAUCCCUUAUAUGGGUAUGAAUUGCCGGGGGAGGUUAAAACAACAGCUUUACAUACAUGGUUACCGAGAAUCUAAAAAACUGCCAUCUGCUUUGGAAAAACGGAACAAAAUUACCGGAACUUAUCUAAAAUUGGACAUGCGCAGUCCCGAAACGUUGAUUUUUGCUCCAAACAUAAAAACAAAUGAAUUACAAACAAAAAAAGCGACCCGUUCAUUGAAGGAGAAUUUGAUGGGGUGUCCAAAAUAUAAGAAGCUACUAGACUCUAGUCACUCUAGAUCUAGUCUAGAUACUAGUCUAGAUCUAGAUAUCUAUAUAGUACUAGACUAGAACUACACCAUAAACUCUAGAUAUAGAUCUAGAUCUACUAUGAUAAAGAUAUAGAUUACAUCUAGAUCUAUAAUCUAGAUUCUAUACCUUUAGACUUUAGUCCAUAAUGACUUCACUAUUACUCUAGAUCUCUAUAUGAGUGUUUCUCCAGUACUGGUUACAACUAGGUAUUGGUUCACUAAAAAGUCCGUAUUUCAUAAGAUUGUUAUUCAAAUGUGACAAUUUGCAUUACAUUGCAUUAAGAAAUGGUUAAUCUAUAAAUUUUGAUAUUUUGAGCUCAUAAGGUGCUAGGGAAAUAUUGAAAUUGUAAAAAAUGUGUGAAAUUACUACCCAAAAUGGCAGCUUUUGAUGUAACACGGAACACCAUGGUAUGAUUGAAUUAAUAUCGUACUAAAACCAAGGGGCAUAAAACUUCCAUCUUUGUUGGAAUAUGUUAACAAGAUCCUCAUAUUUCAAUGUCAUUAUUUAGUUUUUCUCAAGGUUAUUAAAAUAUUGAUUAAACACGGUCACAAAAAGGCGUUUGAGGCGCAUCGCGAUGUGUCCCACUUUAUACGGAAUUACAAUCCUCUAUGAAUUGUAAACAAGAAAUAAAUAAUAUGCUCAACAUUGCAUUUCUGUUACAACAAGCAUUAAAGAUUUCUUUUAAAGUAUUUUUUUUGUUAAAAGCUUUCUAAACAUGCAUAACGAGCUUAAAAUAGGUCGAGGUGUCCCAGAUGAAGCGCCUGUGCUGCGUGUGUUAAGAAUGGGAUUAUUUUUCCCACAACACUACUUUUUAUGAAUGAGAGUUCUUUUGAGCAUCACAGGUAUUGUGUAGAACAAAAGAAGUGCCGUUUCCGCUGGAAAUACUGGCGUAGUAAUUAACAGGAGUACGUAAACAAUAGCGUGUCCCACAAUAAACCAUUGAUGCGCCUCAAGCGUCGACACGAUCAAUCGCCGGCAAUCUUGCACAAAAACCUCAUUUAAUCUGUUUUUUGUGAAUCAACAACCCAUCAGGUACGUAGAUAUUUCAUUAUUCUACUGAAAUUUAAGCUUAUUACAAAUAAGUUUGAUUGCAAUAUCCAAAUCGAAGUGCUUUUUUUAUUACGAGGUUACUAAAUUUAACCAUUCAAUCAUGACGUCACGUGAAGCGUCUUGAACACAAUUUAGUCUUAAAUCGUAAAGUUAAUCAAUUUUAAAGCCUGUUACUAAACAAAAAGUUUAUAUUUCUAAAACAAUUAUGUUGAUGUAAUAGUAGACGUGUGUAGCGAUUUAAAAUAAUUAAUUUGUUUUUAUUUUGAGAAGUAAAUUGGAUUAGGCGUUGAGGCGCUCCUUGGGACCCCGUGCUGGUGUUUUCCAUGCAUAAAUUAUGGCGUCACAUGUAGCGUCUAAUGCGAGUUCAGGAUUUGUUACGUUUUCUGUAUUCAUGGAAGUUUUAAUUAAGAUUAAAUGAUUUUAAUAUAUGUAAUAAACUAUUUUCAUAAUUAAUCAUUUUAAAUGAACAUUUAUUGACAUCUUUUAUUUUAUAUUUUUUGUAAUUUUACUUUACAUCGUUUGGGGCGUUUCAGUGGACACUACUCCGUUUGUUUACAAAUGGUGUCCUAGUUUGCGUCUGUUAAGUCCAAAUAGAUUUUAGUGAUAGUUUGUUAAAGAUUUUACAGUGUCAGAUAAUAUUAGCUACAUCUAAAAGAAAUAAAGCGGUACUGUUUAAGAAAUAUUAAAUAAUUAAAAUUUACUUAUUACUGUAAAUAAGAUUUAGAACUAUUAGAUCUUUCGUUUGAGGCGCAUCUCGGACACUUGUCUUUAAAACUUUAAAGAGCUUAACUCUAGAUCUAGAAAUCUAGACUGAUUAGACCUCUAGACCUAAAUCUAGAUUUACUCUAGAUCUAGAUCUAAUUAUGUAAUUCAUUAUCUAGAUUUACUCUAGAUCUAGAUCUAAUUAUGUAAUUCAUUAUAUUAUAGCUAGAUUUACUCUUGAGUCUUGAUCUAGACCUAGAGUAGAGUAGAAUAGUCUAGUCAGUCUAGAUCUAAUUCACUAUCUAGAUUUAGAUCUAAACUAGAUUAUUAGAUUAGAAAUCAUUAGAUCUUUUAUGAAUCUAGACUAGUGACUCUAGACUAGAUCAUUUAUGACUAGAUUUAGAAUCUAUUUUUAGAUUUAAUAAUAUAUUUUUCUUUAAAUUGACCAGUAUCUAGAAAAAUAUCUAGAGACUAGAUCUAUAUUAUAGACCUAUUCUAUAUUAAAAUGUAGAUAGUAUCUAAAACAAAGUUUGGUUUAACCUGCACUUAAUUUCCAUUGUAUUGUUUAUACAGUAUAUUCAAUUAUAUUAUAUUCAGUUCUUUCAGUCUACCACUGAAUGAUUAUAACUUAAGUUAAUAUAAUUAACAGUACUAGUCCUAUACUAUUGAUUGAGUCUAUCCCUAUCAAGCAAUUAUGGGCAUUACUAGACUAGAUUUAAAUAAUGCACCAAUAUAUAAUAUAUUAUAUGUUUAUGAAAUUUAUUAGUAGGCCUAUAUUAUAUAUAAUAGAUCUAUUUAUUUAGAUACUUAUACAUUUUUUAUAAAUUACAGAUUUCAGUAAUGGAGUAUCUGUUAGAGUUUCAAGGCGUCUACAAGCCAAGAAAGACUCUAAAUUUACAAGCAUCAAAGCCUGAGUCUCUAACACGUGUUGCUGUUUUAGAGCAGAGAGAAAAGGAAAGGUUGAGAAAAGCUGCAUACAGGGCCUAGUUAAGCCCACAUGAAAAAGCUUGGAUAAACAGAAAACGCAAAGAAAGAAAACAACAAGCUAAUAGUCCACUUAAUGUCAUCUCAGCAGAGGUUGGUGAAUCACUAGGUACUGGAUUCCAGACUCCAGUGGCAAAAAGAAUGGCUGUUUCAAGGGCUUUGAUGAAAUUGCCUAGGUCACCCAAGAAAUAUGCUGCAGUUUUUGAUGGUCUCACACAAAUAUGCUCCCCAAGAAAAAGUAAAAGCUGUCCAUGACAUACGCUUUCUGCGCCUACCUGAGAGAAGAAAGCUCAUCCUUCUAAACAACAUUAAAGAAAGUAUCAAAACCUAACUACACUCCACCAGCAAAAAAAAAAGUCAGAUGUCUAGUGCUCAUAGACAAGUACUCUGCAGUAUCCUUAGUAAGUACAACAAACUCAGAGGUUGUGCUACUCAUUUCUAACAUUUGGUCAAGAAGUUUUAUGUCCAAGUGCAAAUCAGAACAAAUUGCAAGAAAAAAAAUGACGUGAUUGCAUUGCACAAAAUGCCUUGGAAACAAUAUUCAUUUUUUACAGUAGAGGGAACUGAUCCCUCUCAAUCAUCUGUUAGUGCUCAAACAGGAAAACGUUUCAUGCAAAAGCUACUUUACAUAAGAUGCAGUCUUGCUUAUGUGAGUUGUGUUUGAAGAUUUUUCUUUAUAUAGAGGGCAUUAAUAAAUUUCUGAUCAAAAAAGGACACAGAGAGCUGACAUUAAUAAAUCCAGCUUCAUCACUUGACUUAACUCUAUGCCCAAGAACUAAUGCCAAUUGUUUUCAUAAGCUGCAGUGCAUUGAAAGAUCAUGUAGCAACUGUGGUGUGGAUUUAAUUAACAAGUAUUGAGCCUUUAAAAAAUUGCACAGAUGAAUUAGCAGAGUGGAGUAUAGUAUGUGGUCAAAGAUGACGGAUGAGUAUGUUCAGAGUGAUGGUACACUGCAAAAGGUAUCAAAGUGGCGACCAGUAAAUAAAGAAGGAUCUUUUAAUGACCUAGUGAGAGGUAUUACACCUAACACUAUUGCUUACAGAAAUAGAAGCUGUUUCUGCUAUCCAUACAGAAAUUCAUAUGGCAGUCAGUGCCUGCAUGAUGAAAUAUGUGGCUCUUGGAAGGUGUUCAAACUUCAGAAACAAAAUGUAGUGCAAUCUCAGUCAAAUCUUGAAGACUCUUUGGAUGUCAGUCCCAUAUGCUCAAAUUCAAAGGCCCAAACAAUUUUCUUCACUCAUCAAAAGUACAUUGUAAAUAGCUGUGUGAUUGUCAAGUAUGGGGAAAUAUUCUAUCCAGGAGUUGUGAUAGAAGUCCUGGAUGAUCAGCGCAGAAAUAAUUUUUUUAAAAGGCACAGAAAUUAAAGAAAUAUAGGACAUACAGUUAGUGUAUGCAGACAGGAUUGUUACUGAAGUGAUGUUGAUACCAAGGCAAUAGUUUGAGAGUGGAAUGUUUUGAUUUCUGAAUUUGUCAAAUAAAAUUUGUGUACAGUUUUAUGUGUUUUCUUUUCUUUCUUUUUUUUUUCAAACCUUUUUCUGUGUGUUAAAACUAACAAAAGAUAUAAAAUAUAUAUUUGUCAAUAAUUAAAAAUAAUAAUGAUCAUUCACUUGUGCACAGAUAAGACAAAAAUAUAAACUUAUAAACAUUAUUUUAAAAAAUGGUGUCCCAUGAAGCACCCGCGACAUUUUGUGAAAUUAAAGCAGCAUUUUUACAAAUGGGUACUAUAUGACUAGAAUAGUGAACUUAAUAACAAGUCUAAUGGAUCACUUUAGUGCAAAAAUAAAAUAAUUUCAAUAUUCUCACAGAAUAUCUUUUAAAAAAACUUUAACUUGUAGUGUCACAGGUGCUACGGUGUCCCAAAUUUUGAAUUGAGCUCAAAUCCACUUUUUCUAUGCAAAAGCAUAAAUUUCAGUAUCUAAAGACUAAUAUCAAUAAAGACAGUUAUAUUAUGCUAAAAUACAAUGAAUUUAUCAAUUGGUCGUUGUUAAAUUAUCAAGUGGUGUCCCGGUGAUGCACCUGUGACGCAAAAGGGGGUACCCCUUGAAUAGACACUGCUGUCAAAAUCUACAUCUUGCAAUUCAUUUUCUAUUGAUAAAUUCUUAAAGUGAACUGGUUGAAGAAGUGAAUACAGUUGAAAUGAAACCAAAAACUUCAACUUUAAUUUUUAGCAUAAUGUGACACUUUUUGGCACCAGUACUGGAGAAACACUCAUAUCUGCUCUAGGUCUAGAGUCUAAUCUAGAGUCAUGAUGAUGAUCUAGACUACAUCUAGACUUACUAACUUACAUCUAGAAUCUAUAUAGAUCUAGAAUCUAGAUCUAUCUAGAGGAAAAUAAAAAAUCACAUCAAGUACCAGACCAGUUGUUAAAAGGUUAAGCACAAGAAUGUCCAAGUUAACAGCUCAAGGCUCAAGCCUGAUUAGUACAAUGGCUAUAAAUGAUAAUAAAGCUGGAAUGGAAGGGCUUAACAAAGAGAAAAUAAAUCAGAUUAUAUUUGAAGCUUCUAAAGGUUCCAAGUUUUUUGAAAAUGAACAAAAGAAAGAGGAACAGUUGAAUCAGAAAAUUUUAGAGCAACAAAUUUUAAUUAGUAGUUUAUCUUCUGCAAUGUUGUUUCAUGGUUUAAAAGAGGCAGAUGAGCUCAUUGAGAAGCUAAAAGCUUGUCAAGAUUUAUCACAUACUAUAGUUCAUGUUGAUAUGGAUGCAUUUUAUGCUGCUGUGGAAAUGAGAGAUGAUCCCAGAUUAAAAGAUAAGCCUAUGGCUGUAGGUGGCAUGAGUAUGUUGAGCACCUCCAAUUAUAUUGCCAGAAAAUAUGGUGUUAGAGCAGCCAUGCCAGGAUUUAUAGCUCUGAAGUUAUGCCCUAACCUUGUCCUAGUGGAGCCAAAUUUUACAAAGUACACUGCUGUGAGUCAAGAAAUUAGAGAAAUAUUCGCACAAUAUGAUCCUAACUUUUCCCCUAUGAGCUUGGAUGAAGCUUACUUGGAUCUUACUGAACAUUUAAUUUAUCGCAGAGGGUCAUCAAAUUUAUGUAGAAUUUUUCUGCUGAGACUAAAGACUGAUAAUAGCAGCAUUGUAGUGAAUGAUCUUGAAUGUACCUGUGAUUUGAAUGCUGUUUUAAGGCCAAGUGUAAUUAAUUUGGAAGAGCUUAAAAUUAAUAGUGUGUCAUCUGAGAAUCUUCAGGAAUAUUUGAAUUCCUUAGAUUUUUCCAACUUUAAUUUGCCUAAAGAUUGUCAGGUGUGCAACAAGAAAUUACCUCCCUUUUCUUUAAAACUGUAUGACACAACUGUGGAAGAUGCUGUCCUAGAAAUGAGAAACAGAAUUGAACAGCGAACAUUUUUAACUGCAAGUGCAGGCAUUGCACCAAAUACAAUGUUAGCGAAGGUUUGUUCUGACAGAAACAAGCCAAAUGGACAAUUUCAAAUCCAUCCAGAUGUGCAGGAAAUUGAAGAAUUCAUGAAAAAUCUUCCAAUUAGAAAAAUUUCUGGAAUUGGCAAAGUUACAGAGAAACUUCUGGGAUCAUUGAACAUAAGUCUUUGUAGUGACCUCUAUAAACAAAGAGCAUUGUUAUACCAUGCAUUUUCGUCUUUAACUUUCCAAUAUUUUAUGAAAAUCACACUUGGCAUGGGCUCAACUUCUUUGGAAAAAGAUGAAGAAAGGAAAAGUUUGAGCACAGAACGAACAUUUGCAGAAAUUAGUGAUCCAGCUCAACUCUACGAAAAAUGUGCAGAAUUGUGUCAGCAUCUGGCCAAAGAUUUAAAUGAGGAACAGCUAAUGGGCAAGACUGUCUCAUUGAAAAUAAAGACCAUCAGCUUUGAAAUCAAAACCCGCAGCCACACAUUACAAUGCUACACCAAUGAUGAGAAAAUCAUUUUCAAUGCUGCCAAACAAUUGUUAAAAGUUGAAAUCGAUUCAGUGAAGCAAAGUUUGCUUCGUUUACGACUUAUGGGUGUUAGGAUGUCCAAGCUUGUGCCUCAGGCUAGCAAUCAAGUUUCAAUCGUCAGCUUGUUUCAUCAGUCAAACAGAUUGACUAGUACUGCAAACAGAACAAAUACACAUAAUUUUAAUAUUCAGAAAACUGACUUUGAUGAAAAAGAUUUCUCCACUUCCAUUAACAUUUUGGAAGCCAAUGAUCCAGUGUUAGAAAGUACCAUGACAACAAGGCACUCUCAAAAAUCUUUAUUUCAAAAAACUCAAUCUCCACAAAAAAAAUCUAUAGAAUCAGGGAUGAAAAACAGUAUAAUGAAAUUUGUCAGUAAGUCAGAAAGAUGCUCUGAUAAAAUAGCAAAUAAUUGUUAUGUUGAGAGCAACAUUAAAGUUGAAAAUAAUAAUAAUCUAAGAAAUCUAGAUUGUGAGAAUUCUUCAUCAACAAGCUUGAAAUUGCAAAGUAACUCAAAAUCUAAUUUUUCAAAUGCAACAAUGCAGAAUGUUUCUCAAGCCACUUUGAUAAGUUCAGUAGAGUCUAAGCAAAAAACUUUCAUAAGGUGUCCAGUUUGUGGGCAGCAAAAAUUUGAUUGGCCACUUGAUCAGCUUAACCAACAUAUGGAUCUGUGCCUGAGUAGAAAAACAAUUAAAACCAUAUUGCAAGAUGACAAAAAUUCUAAUAAAAGGGGAGCUGUUCAAGUUGAAAAUGAUGACUCUCUGCCAAGUGUACCAAAAAGGAAGAAAACUCAGAUUGCUGUUGAUUCUUACUUCAAAUAAUGUUUCAUAAAUAUUGUUAAUUAUGUUCCUUGUAUCUAAAUACAAGACAUUGGACAUAAAAAUAACUAUAACUGUAUUUUAUUUAAAAUACUUUGUAAAUUCAUUAUUCAUUCUACAGUUGUAUAAUAUAAAUUAUUAUAAAAUGGACAUUUUUGUAAUUUAAAAAAAAAAUUGACUAGCAAUCAUUUACUAUCCAAGUAUAUUGGAGUGACAAUGUAUUUGUAAAGAUUUAUUUCAUAACCAAAACGUAAUAUAUGCCAUAUUCUAUACAUAAUUGUAUCAAUUUUUUCAGUUGAAUAAAAAUAUACUUUGA